AGCUAUCAUAUAUUUUAUAACUUGAUUUGUUUUUAAGCAUAAAUAGUAAGAGCUCUCCUUAUAUUAAAAUAAUGAAUAUGAAUUGAAAGCCAUCAAGACCAAACCAUGGUGAUAGAGUUUUGAUGAUUAAUAUUAGGAUUAACCUCUAUUAAACAAUCAUACCAAAGCAGUCAUUAAAUCUUAUUGAUGAGUAAAAAGAAAACCUUUUACAAGAUAAUAUAAAUAAGCAAAAUCUCAAUCCUGUGUCUUACUUUAAUAAGAGCUAUGAAUCUUAUGACAGCCUGGCUGAAACCUGUGAAAAGAAGUGGAACUUUCCUGUGAAGGGAAAGUGAAGAAUUUAAAAUUUAUACAUAUAAAUAAUAUGUACAGAUUGAGAAAUUUAAGAUGAACAGAGUAACAUUUUUAAUUUUGUUAUAGUAACUACAUAGACAGAAUAUUGAUUUUUAAAAUUAGUUUGGUACAUAAGAAAAAGAGAAAACAGCAUUAAAAAAAAUUGUUUGAUAACCCCUUUUGCUUGCCUUUUCUAAAUUUGACUUUUCUUUCUCUGCUUCUAGAGAUUGCAGCUUUCUCUUUCACAGAUUUGUGUCCAGGUAGAAAGGUACAGGCAUGUUAACGACUGAAUGCUUUUGUGUCCCAACCCCCACCCCUGCCCAGAUUCAUAUGUGAAGUCCUAACCCACAAGACUGUAUUUGGAGAUGGCGGUCUUUGAUAGGUAAUUAGGGUAAUGAAGGUGGGGACCUGAUCUCAUGGGAUUACUGUCUGUGUAAGAAGAGACAACAGAGCUUGCUUGCUCUCUCUCUCUCUACUAUGUGAGGAUACAGUGAGAAGCUGACUGCAGACUAAGAAGAGAGCUCUCAUCAGAACCUGAUCAGGAUGGCACUCUGAUUCCAGGCUUCCAGCCUCCAGAACUGUGAGAAAUAAAUUUCAGUCUGUAGUUUAAGCCAUCAGCCUGUGGUAUUUGGUUACAGCAGCCCAAGCUGACUGAGAUAGUUGAUACCAAGAGAUAGGGUGCUCCUAUAACAGACACCUUAAAGUGUAGAAGUGGCUUUGGAACUGGGUAAUGGAUAGAGACUGCAAGAGUUUGAGGUGCAUGCUAAAAAUAUAGACAUUAAAAGCAUUCUGGUGAGGUUUCAGAUAGAAAUGAGAACAUGUUAUUAGAAACUGGAGAAAAGGUAAUCCUUGUUAUAAAGUGGCAAAGAACAUGAUUUAACAAUUUUCUAAUGGGUUGAGGGAGGUAGAAUGAUGAAAUUAGAUAUAUAGUUGAAGAGAUUUCUAAGCAAAUUGUAAAAGCCUGACCUUCCUGACUGCUUAUAGUAAAAUAUGAAAGGAGAGAGAUGAAUUGAAGAAGGAAUUGCUAAGCCAGAGGAACCAGAACUUGAAGAUUUGGAAAAUUUUCAGCCGAUCAAUAUUGCAAAAAAUGAGAAACCAUAUUCUGAAGAGAACACCAGUGGUGUGGCUGGACUAUCAGUCGUGAAGAGUAUGUGGAUUAUAUGAGCAGAAAUACUGCUAGUUUGAACUAAAGGGGAUGGAGACAAGCUGGAAUGAAUGAAGGCUCUUAGAUUUGACAGGACGGGAGUGACAGAACUAUUUGGCUGUGAACAUGUGCUAUUCUUUAAAAAGAGGGAAAAAUUACCCCCUAAGUGAUUUAGAGAUUACCAGGGCUGCCACCAUGGUUUCAACAAGCUAGAAGGCCUCUGCUGGAAGCCCAGGUGUUGGUACCUCCUGCAGAGAAUUGAGGUUCAUGGUAAAUAUACCAGCUCUAGAACAAAUGAAUCAGAUUUUACACAUCUUGUUUAUAUUUUUACCCUUUCUGUGGGCACUUGGGACUCUGCCUCCACCUGAUGCAUUUUUCUUGUGGGCAAUGGAGCAGGUUUUAGAGUUCGGCCUUGGAGGCUCAUCUAUGUCAACCCACCUUCGGUUAUUAAUAACAUUCAUCAUUUCUGCUGGAACAACUGUAACAUCGUAUUUCAUUCCAAGCAGUGUUGGUGUGGUUCUUUUUAUGACUGGCCUUGGGUUCUUACUGAGUCUUAACCUAAGUGACUUGAGUCUUGUCUUCAAACACAGUGUGAUCAGACACACAGUUGGAACCAAAUCUGAGGCUUUACCCAGUGGUUCAGAAAAACAGUUUACUUGGAAGGAAUGCCUUUUCUAUAUCAUCAUAUUAGUCUUGGCUCUCUUAGAAACUAGUUUGUUACAUCACUUUGCUGGUUUCUCACAGAUUUCAAAAAACAGUCCCCAGGCCAUUGUUGGCUGUAUUUUGAUGAUAUUACUUGUAAUAUUAUGGAUACUUAGAGAAAUUCAAAGUGUCUACAUCUUUGGAAUUUUCCAAAACCCUUUCUAUCCCAAGGAUAUGCGAACUGUGACUUUAUUCUCUGAGAAGCAAACAAGGUUUGUGAAGAUCGGUGUUGUCCGAUGGAUUUUGCUAAAUCUAGUGUCACCUUUUGCUAUGAUAGCAUUUCUUUCACUGGACAGUUCCUUACAAGGGCUCCACUCUAUGUCUGUCUCCAUUGGAUUCACAAGAGCUUUUAGAAUGGUAUGGCAGAAUACAGAAAAUGCUUUAUUGGAAAUAGUCAUUGUAUCAGCAGUGCACUUGUUGAUCUCCAGCACAGAUAUAUGGUGGAACAGAAGCCUGGAUACAGGAAUCAGACUCUUACUGGUUGGUAUCAUGCGUGAUCGUCUGAUUCAGUUCAUCUCUAAAUUGCAGUUUGCUGUGACUGUACUUUCAACAUCAUGGACAGAGAAAAAACGUCGAAAAUCAACCACCACUUUAUGUAUAGUUAAUAUCAUCUUCUCUCCAUUCCUGUUGGUCCUCAUAGUUUUUUCUACACUACUCUCCUCUCCCUUACUCCCCCUCUUUACCCUUCCUUUGUUCUUGGUGGGGUUUCCCCGACCUAUUCAGAGCUGGCCGGGAGCCGUGGGCAGCACGGCCUGUGUGUGUGCAGAUACAGUAUACUACCGCCAGAUGGCCCCAGGCUUGACCACGGCACUGCAAUCUGCGAUGGCAGCUGGGAGUUUGGGUCUCCUCUUACCUGGAUCUCAUUACUUGGGCCGUUUUCAGGAUCGUUUAAUCUGGAUAAUGAUUCUGGAACGUGGUUACACUUAUUGCUGUAUUAACAUUAAGGGGUUAGAAUUGCAAGAGACAGCCUGUCAUACUGCUGAAGCUCUAAGAGUUGAUGAAGUUUUCGGAAGUGCCUUUGAACAAGAAGAAUAUGCAAGAAUAUGUUUUAUUAAUGAACACUUUGGAAAUAUCUUGACACCCUGUACUGUUUUGCCAGUGAAACUCUAUUCUGAUGCCAAGAGUGUCCUAUCUGGCAUAAUUGAUUCUCAUGAUAACUUGAAAGAAUUUAAAGGUGACCUUGUUAAAGUUCUUGUGUGGAUACUUAUUCACUACUGCUCCAGAAGGCCCAGAAUGCAGGAGAGUUUUCACAAAACUGAAAGUAAAAGGAAAGCAUCUCUAAUAAUCCUGCCUACUUUGAAUACUUUACCACAAACCCAAUCCUCAGAAGACACAGAUAGUUUAAAUUCAGAAAUUUUGGAUGACUGGUCUGAUGAUAUUUUUGGUAAUGAGCCAACUAUCAAAAAACCAAAAGAAAAAAAAGAUCAGUUGAAAGUUUUGCCAGGUAUAAAUUUGCCUAUUCCAGGAUCAGUAGAAUCACAGAGGGUUGGUGAUCAUUCAAAAGGAACAGUUCCUGAAAAUAGUCUUUACAAAGCAGUUGCAUUGGGAUACCCUGCUAUUGACAAGGGAAAACAAGAAGACAUAGCUUAUAUCCCGCUCAUGGAGUUCAGUUGUUCUCAUUCUCAUUUGUUAAGCUUACCUGAAGAUUGGAUGUCUAACUGUUUGCCUCAUUCCAAAAUGAGGGAGAUGAGCUCAUUAUUUCCAGAAGACUGGUACCAAUUUGUUUUACGGCAGUUGGAAUGUUUUCAUUCAGAAGAACAUACCUCAAAUGUACUGGAAGAAAUUGCAAAGGACAGAGUUUUAAAAGACUUUUAUAUUCAUGCAGUAAUAACUUGUUAUUUUAGUUUAUUUGGUACAGACAAUCUGGUUCCUAGUCCUGCUCAUAUAUUUAGAGUUUACAAUGGUGUUUUGCCUUGGUCUCUUGCUUUGAAUUGGCUCUUAGAAAAACCAGAACUGUUCCAGCUAACACUGAAAGCUUUCAGGUAUACUCUGAAGCUAAUGAUUGAUAAAGCAAGUUUAGGUCCAGUAGAAGACUUUAAAGAGCUAACUAACUGCCUUGAAGAAUAUGAAAGUGACUGGUACAUUGGUUUGGUAUCUGAUGAAAAGUGGAAGGAAGCAAUUAUACAAGAAAAGCCAUAUUUAUUUUCUCUGGGGUAUGAUCCUAAUAUGGGCGUUUACACUGGGAGAGUACUUACCCUUCAAGAAUUAUUGAUACAAGUUGGAAAGUUAAAUGCUGAAGCUGUUCGAGGUCAGUGGGCCAAUCUUUCCUGGGAAUUACUUUAUGCCACGAACGAUGAUGAGGAACGUUACAGUAUACAAGCUCAUCCACUACUGUUAAGAAACCUUACAGUACAAGCAGCCGAUCCACCCCUGGGGUAUCCAAUUUAUUCUUCAAAACCUCUCCAUAUACGUUUGUAUUAGAGCCCAUUUUGAUUUGUAAGUGUGUUGUCAUCAAAUUAAAUCUUUUUAUUUUUCCAUUUUAGAAAAGUAACAUUAUUCUUCUCAACUUCCCUGGACUUCCCUCUCUCCUCCCACAAGUCAGAUGCCUGAGAAAAGCUAAGCUCUAUAAAGUUGAUUCUCUUAGCUACCUUAAUGGUUAAACAAACAACUUGAUGUCCAACAUAAAAGGUAGAAUUAGUUGGCCAAUAUUUGUGCCCCAUGGAUUGUGGUAGGCUUUGGUAAAUAUAAAACAUUUGUGUAAGAUUAGAUAAUGAGUUUUUUAAUGCUGUCUUAAAUGUGAUAGGUGACUUGCAUAACAGAAGUCAACAACUAUGUAAUUUUUACAUGCUUAAAAGAUACACAUAUCAAUGUUUUUAAAUAAUGACUUUGAAUCCUUUUGAAGGUUGCAUAAUGUUUAUCUACUUGAAAUAUAAUUUUAUGGUAUUUUCAAACUUUAUGCUGUUUUAACAUUUUAACUCUUUCAGUAAAAUCUUUUCCUUCUUUUGCAAGUAUCCUUUUGACAUAUGUGAAAGGAAAAGGGUUCACAUCUUGUUCAUCAUGUGAAUACUCAUAGAUUAACAGUGUUAGGAUAAUCUGAGUAUGACUGCGAGUGGCCAUUCUAUAGAUCUGGCUCCAUGUGAUUUGCUCUGCAGUUGAGUAAACUGCCUCCAAAGAAUGACUUACCCAGUGGGACUUUUGGUUAUUAGUGUCUUAAAAUAUCUAACCUGAAGGCAGAAAGAAAUGAAAAAUUUUUUUCAUAUUGUGAUCAGGAUUUUAUUUUCACUCUCUUGCUGCUCAUAGAUAAAGAGAACAGAUUGAGGAGGGAGUAGCAAAAUGGUAAAGGGGAACAAAAGGUACAGACUUAGUUAUAAAUAAAUAAGUCAUGGAGAUGUAGCAUGGUAAUGAUAGACUAUUAACUGAGAGAGUAGAUCUUUAAAGUUCUUACUGCAAGGUAGUAUAAGAAGAAA